CCAGGGUCUGCGGGAAUGGAUAUUCAAAAGUACAUAAAGGUUGAGAAGGUUCCUGGUGGCCAGUUGGAAGAUUCAGUGGUUCGCAAAGGAGUAAUGAUUAACAAAGAUGUUAUUGCACCUGGAAAAAUGAGAAGAAAGAUUUUCAACCAACGCAUCAUUCUUCUUGAUUGGCCUCUCCAAUAUAAGAAAGGCGAGAACCAAACAAAUGCUGAGUUGCUUAAAGAAGAAGAUUGGGGAGUCCUGCUACAAUUGGAAGAAGAAUACAUCGAGAGGCUAUGUGUGCAAAUAUUGAAGUUUAAACCAGAUGUGGUUAUCACAGGAAAGGGGCUUAGUGACUUGGCAUGCCAUUAUUUUAGCAAGGCCGGCGUCAGUGGAAUGAGGAGGUUGCGGAAAACACAUAAUAACCGAAUUGCCAAGGCUUGUGGGGCUGUAAUUGUUAACAGACCAGAUGAAUUGCAACAGUCUGAUGUUGGGACAGGCGCUGGGAUAUUUGAGGUUAAGAAAAUUGGUGAUGAGUUUUUUGCAUUCAUUGUUGAUUGCAAAGAGCCUAAAGCAUGUACUGUACUCUUGAGAGGUCCUAGUAAGGAUCUGUUAAAUGAAGUGGAAAGGAAUUUGCAGGAUGCCAUGUCUGUAGCAAGAAACAUCCUCAAGAAUCCGAAACUUGGUCCUGGUGCUGGUGCUACACAGUUAACUGUAUCUGCUACAUUGAAGCAAAAGAGUUCAUCUGUGGAAGGUAUAGAAAAGUGGCCGUAUGAAGCUGCUGCUAUAGCUUUUGAGGCUAUACCACGUACUUUGGCUCAGAAUUGCAGGGUGAAUGUGAUUAGAACAAUGACGGCGCUGCAGGGAAAGAUAUGGGAUGCCUACAACGUGAAGGCCCAGAGUUUAAAAACGGCCAUAGAAGCUGCUUGCCUACUUCUCAGAAUCGAUGACAUUGUGAGUGGGAUGAAGAAGAAGCAGCCUCCUGGUGCCAAAGCUCCUUCCAAGCCUCAAGUUGAGACAGAAGGCGAUGCAGAUAAUGAGCAAAUAAUUCCGGAGUGCUUAUCGAGAGCACGAGCCAAUAUGCCACGUAUUGAUUCAAAGCAGAGCUUAAAAAUGAAACGAAAGCUGAUAAAAAACCCUAGACACGGCCAGCUGAUGCAACUGAAAUUGGCAAAUAGCAAAGAUGACAUGAAGUCUGGGACUUCACAAGCGAGGUUGAACGAGGAUGAAGCUGUGAGGGUUGCAUACAAGCAUGGGACGCCUCUUGAAGGAGGCAAAAUUGGUGAUUCUGAGCCUGUGGAUUUAUUUUCCAGUCCUCAUCAUAUUCCAAAGUAG